AUGGCUGCUGAGCAGAACCUCCGCUGCGCAAACCACGUCGUCUUCUUGUCGCCCUUGAUUGCCUCUACCCGGAACGAAUACGAUUCCGGGAUGACCCAGGCCAUUGGUCGUGCGCGUCGGCAUGGACAGACAAAAACUGUCCAUGUGUACCAUCUGCUGGUGAAAUUUACGUACGACGUGAAUGUUUACCAGAGCGCCCAUGGAGGCAGGCUCGUGGAGCGUGACGGUGGGCCAAAAGUGGUCCCGGAGAGCGAAGUCCAACCGGGAGAGAUGAGGUACGAAGGCAAGGAGAUGCCAGUAAAAACUGGCCGUUAA